GGCAGGCAGGCUCAGCGGGUCGCAGUGGGCUCCUCCGCACGUUCCCCCGGCGGGUUUAUCGCGAGAUGCGUUGCCGGCGCGCGGGCGAGCUAGCUUCGGCCAGCCGGGGGGCCCCUCGGUGAGUUUGUCCCGCUCGCGGCCGGGUGAGGCUUUGCUUGGCAGGCGCCGGAAUUGUCUGGGCGGCCCUUCUUUGGGUAGCGCGCCCAGAAUUCGGGGUUGUCUGGGAAUUUUGGCUUCCAUUCUUGCUGUCGUGAUGAAAGGCCGCGAUAAAAGACACGGGCUACGCUCGGAGUUCGUUGUGUUCUGGUUGCAGAAGCAAGCGGAAAAAACCAAGGAUCAGGAUACCCAAUCAGCGAAGUUGCGCCAAGUGUUGGCGUUGAGAGAGUGGCUCCGGAGUCGCGUCAAGCGUUGCUCGGCUCGUCUAACAAGAACCUUAUAUCGACCAAGGAGCGGCGUUACGUGCGCAGUCUGAUUUUGGUUUUUGACUUUGUGGUGCUUUGCCGCUCUUCGUCUCUUUUGUGUCUGUUUGAGUGGCAUUCCCGUUUCGUGUUUUCGGCUGGUCGGCCACUUGAGUGCCAGUAUGUCAGAGGGACAGAAGUGAGCUUCAGAAGUUUAUUUUCGUUUGCCCGCAGCGUGAUGUCGCUGCACCUGUUCCGAGGAGAUGAAAAUCAUUGAUUGUAACCGUUCUCCGCGUGGAGAUCAAGUAGAAUCUGACCAGCGUCCCGAUGUUGAAGCAUCUGCCCCUGGCGCACAGGCAACGCAGGAAGAAAAUAUGAUAAUGACCGGCGUCGAACAGGGGCAGCGUGAAGAGGGAGAGGGGGACCGUUCCCCCGCGCGGGCGCCCUUAUCCCCGCUUCGCCGAGUUGCAAAGCAGGGCAACAAGCAGACGCGGCUUAUAAUCGGGGCCGGUGAUGGAGAUGGCGAGGCCCGCACACCCGGAGCGCGCGGGCCCGCCUCGGAGGCAGGCGAGCGCUGAAACCAG